CUGUUUACCUAGCCUUUGUUAAGCCUACAGUUUCCGUUAGAGCCGUUACCCAGGCGUGCGUUCGAAAACUUUAUUCGAGUACACUCGCUGCGUUGGAGUGAGAAGAUAGGAGUGAGAUAAAGAGAGAGAGGAGAAGCACCCGGAGUUUUCGAACGCACCUCAGUUUAAUAUGAAUGAGGUUACGGAUAAUUUUGGAUGGAUACAUCAGCUCCAUUGCCCACCAGCAAUAUGCAACAAUUUAGUGAGAAAAAGAUUGUGCAAAGGAGUACUAGAACUUCUGUGGGAAGAUAUUUCUACAUCUAUACUUCCAAUGGUUGAGAUACAAAAGAUAAGAAAGAACAUUUUGUUACAUAAACUAAGACAUAAAUUGGAUGAUGCCACAAUUGCAUCUGUAAGGGAUUUAAUGCAAUUGAGGUCUAACAAUGAUACAUUACAACAUCAAAUAUUAGUGGUGAAAGAAAAUUAUGAAGAUCUAGAUCAUAAUGUCAGACAGAAAAUGCAGCGAUUAAAGGACAUAAGAACUAAAUGUUCUAUAAUCAGUACUAGAAAAGAUCUCUUACAGUUGAAAUAUAAUGAAACUAGCCAACAAUUGAAGGACUGCAAUAAAAUGAGACAAGUGUGUCAAUGUUUAAUGCCAAACACAUCCAAGGAUAUAGAUGAGAAUAAAUUAAGAAAGAACCUGAACGUAAUAGCAAGUUUGCGCUCAAUGACAGAUAAAAAGCAAAUCUGGGAAAAGGUGUCAAGUUCUCUUGGUACCAUCGACACACAUACAUUAUGGAAUCAUUUGUGUCAAGCGCUGUCGCAGGACCUGGACAUGUUAAUGAAGUUGGAAACUAAAGAUGACAUCAAUAAUUUUCCAGCAGUAGGCGAAAAUAUAGAUAUCGGUAUCGCAAGAGUAUGUGGUCAGCAAAUGUGCAUGGUCUUCAGACGUGUAUUAUCUAUUGCUAAGGCUGACAAAUACCAGCAAUCCGUAGUGGAAUUCAUAGAAUUGAUAGAGUCGUUAUCCAACGAAGACGUAGGUAGAUGGUUGAUUUUAAUGUUGGAGAUAAAAAAGUUAGAAAUCGAGCAGGCGUGUCUGCAAAACAAUGCGCAAAAUCUGAACAGCAAUAACCAAAACCGUCCGUUGCUUAAUUUUGAAAUAGCUCGAUUGACGACUAAUAUAGAGACAAUCGAUACACAGAUAGACGAAUAUGUGAAGAACAUUCAACAAUCCAUAGCCAUCUUAAACUCCACUGCGUCGGUUAUAUUCAAGGCAAAAGAGAAAUUACAUCAUGAACUGCAAAGUGUAGCGGCUUUGCGAACCGAGGAUUACGAUCCGUGGUGGUUGGACAGUAAUACGCUGAACAUCGAGCUGAACAUGUUUCAUAAUUUAGAUCUCAACGCCUUGCGGAAAAUCAUGUUAAAAGGAGAGGUGGGCCAAUACAGACAUGCAAUCUGCGGUUUCGAUAGAGCUUCCGUAACGGCGAUCAAUCCGCAGUGUUCAAGGAUCAAGGCUUAUUUUCCGAUGAUACAUACGCCGAUAUACACUCUCAUAGAUUGCUACAAGAAUACAGUUGCUAAUAUAAUUUACACUAAGAUGCAGUGCUCGACGCCAACGGAAGACGAGUACGCAAUUAAAUCGAUACAGUCGCCAGAAAAGUACAAUAACAUUAGCCUGGAGUUGUUGAAUCUCUCCAGAGUGAUUUGCAAUCAAGUGCGGGAGGAGAUCGAGAAUUUUAACGCAACUUUGAGCUCUUGGUUGUGCCAGGACGUGCAAAAAGCGAUGCAACUCGUCGAAACAACCGUGGACGACAUAUCUUUCAAAGACUGGUCGCAGCGUUACAGUUUAUUAUUGUAUAUGAUACAAAAAACAAAGUGAUUUUUUCAAAUCGUUUCACCACAUUCGUCUAUAUAAUACUUUUACGUCUGAACAGUUUUUACACAAAUAUAUAUGUAUACACAUGCACACAUA